UGGCAAGAUCUUCAUGUUAGUUUCCAACGGUGUCGGCUUUCGGCAAUGAACAUCAGCCAUCGUAUUAUGAUUACUCACCACUCCAUCGUUGUUCAUAUAUGGCCCAUUAGCACUACGGACGUACACGAUCUCAACGAUCUUCAAGAUGGAAGUUAUUUUGAUUACUAGACGUGCCGGCGCUGAUAUUUCGGCUAUGCAUCCGUUCGAAGUUCGUAUAUAACAACGAAGAAACGGGUUGAAAGAACAAAUAUUCAAUCUGAGUCUACAAAACGCCUACUAAGAUAAUUCAACACAUACUCGUCAAGAUAGUACAAUGGCUUUGACCUCUAUUUUAGUGCUCGGCCCCACAGGUGGCUUCGGGCAAUUCCUCGUCCCAGAGCUCAUCCGUCGCAAAGCCGAAUUUCAAAGAAUAGGCGCCUUCACCGAUACCACUCGACCACAGUCCGCAGAAAAGACCAAAAUCUUGCAAGACUACACAACCCAAGGUGUUGAGAUUGUUGAAGGUUCCUAUGGAGAUCCCGCGGCAUUCAGAGGGUUCCAAGUCGUAAUAGCCUGCCUCGGAAACCACGCUCUCAAAACCCAACCUGCCAUCAUCGAUACCGCAUUAGCAGCUGGUGUCACACAUUUCUACCCCUCUGAAUUUGGCGCCGAUCUCACUGUCGGGGAUAAUUGGAAUGAGCGCUACUAUCGUGACAAAGUCCUCACCCGCAACCAUCUUAAAACAGUAGCUGCUGAAACCCCACGCUUUGGGUAUACGUACUUCAUCAAUGGAAGAUUUACUGAGUGGGCUCCAAUCCCGCAUUUUGGCAUCAACUUGAAGACUCAUACGGCCCAUAUUGUCGGCAGGCCAGAGAUGGAACAAUCAUUGUUGGCUACGAAUGAUGCGGCCAAGUACUUGGUCUGUACUUUGCUGGACCCUCCUACCGAGCAAGAACGAACAUAUCGCUUCCUAGGCGGAAACUAUUCUUGGACCACGAUAUUCUCGACCUUAGAGAAGAUACAGGGUGUGAAGUGGAAUGUGACCUAUAAAUCAGUCGAGGAAGCGAGAGAAAAUCAAAGAAAGGCAAUUGAGAGUGGAGAUGUUGAUGCUGAAUUGGCGGCUUCCCAUCAAGUCAUUCAAGGAACUGGAAGGACACUUUUGCCUGGACCGUACGACAACGUAAAGUUUCCGGAAGUGAAACCAGUGACUUUGGAAUAUGUUUGGACUGAAAUGCUGAAGGACGAAGCUAGAUACUUUUCUUUGAUGGGGCUGUGAAAUUGGUAACGAAAUGUUAGAAGGAUGAUAGUAAUUCUAUGUUAUAGUAAUAGCAGAACUGAGAAAAAUCAUUGCCAAACGUAUUCAUAAAUCCAAAUCAAGAGCUCGUUUUCUUCUCUUGCAUCAGAUGGUAUAUGUAACGCGAAUAUUAACAUUCAAGCCGUAC